AUGAAGUUGAGACUUAAUCUUCAGCACCAAGAUUUGGCCUACCGCUUUAAUGUGUCCGUCACCACAAUAUCGGAAGUAAUGAACCAAGGCCUGCCAAAACUUGCAGAAAAACUUGCUUUCCUAAUUCAAUGGCCAGACAAAGAGAGUUUGGUAAGGAGCAUGCCAAGUGUAUUUAAGAAAAUCUAUCCGAAAUGUGUCAGUAUCAUUGAUUGCUUUGAAGUGUUCAUCCAGAGGCCUGGACAGUUAACAGCUCGAUGCCAAACAUGGUCAAACUAUAAACAUAAUAACACCGUGAAAUUUCUAGUCUCAAUAGCGCCUACUGGUGCUAUCACAUAUGUGUCUAAAGCCUAUGGUGGAAGGACAUCUGACAAAGUUAUCACCCAGAGAAGUGGAUAUUUAGACAAACUUGUGCAUGGGGAUCAAGUAUUGACAGACAGAGGAUUUUUAAUCUCGGAAGAUGUAACAAGUCGCAAUGCCUCACUGGUUAUUCCUGCUUUCACCAAAGGGAAAUCACAGUUAAGUGCUAAGGAGGUUGAACAAACACGCAAAAUUGCUCAUGUGCGCAUUCAUGUUGAACGGGCAAUAGGGAGACUAAAAAAUACAAUAUUCUGA